AUGAAGAGACUUCGGGCUAGGUUCGCUAAGGCUGCUGAUAUGGAUGCAACCCAUUUGACUAAGUAUGCUCAAAACAUUUUAGCAACAAGGGCUGAUGAAUCCAAGUUUUGUUAUGCAACAUCUUGUGAGGGUGGUGAGUUUGAGGUGAGAGAUGGUCAUGUUUACUUUCCUUGCAAGCUCAAAGAUAUGACAUGUGAGUGUGGUAAACGACAAGGGUGUGGCAUCCUUUGCAAACAUGCAUUGUGGGUGAUGUUUAAUGAGAGGCUUGAGGCCUCUGAUUUUGUAUCCCUUUACUUCAAGGAUGAGGCUUACAAGCAAACAUAUGGGGAGCACAUUCACCCUAUGCCUGACCAAGCCAUUGGCUAG